UUUUAAAAUAGACUCAAAACUGUGUGAGGACUGACCAAUUAUCCUACAUCCUGAACUGAAUCAAACGAAGCAAACGCGGGAUUCUUGAACAAGUCUAAUUUUUAUCAUGGCGCCAAACCAAAAAUAUUCACAUCUUUCGCUGUUACCAUUUCCCAAAGUUAAUCAUCGAGGAACACAAGCUAAUCGGAGUCAGAAUCCAAAGCCGAUGCAGCCGAAGAUCAAUACCUUCUUCAAGCCAUCUCCUUCUCCAUCCCGCGAUUUGUGGGCCGCACUUCCUCAAGACUCAUCGCCAAUGCCGGAAAUCACCGUCACCUACAAGCGCCAAACGGCUGAACAGCUAGGUGAGGUCAAAAGUGGAUCGAGUAGCCAAGCAUUGGAGAAAAGUGAUUGUGAGGACAAAUUAGUCAAAUGGGAGCAUGCCAAGUGUAGCAAAAAUCUAAAUAAGAAGAGAAAUUAUGCACAGUUGCAUCUGGAGGUCGGUCAAUCUAAUUUUCUAUGGCGCACGUGUACAACUUGCAGCUACAAGUAUGCUCCAGGGGUUGAAGGUGAUGAAAAAGCUCACAAGACAUUUCACAGGAAUUACACACAUGGGGUGCCUUUUAAGGGCUGGCGUAGUGAGAGGAUUAUAGAUGCGCCUGAGAAGGGACGCAUUAUUUUGGUGCAAGAAGGUGAUCCUCCUUCUCAGCAAAAUAAGGUUCAGGAGGUUGUGCAAAUGAUGGAAAUGGAGCUUGGGGAAGGGUGGAUAAUGGAUAAGCACUGUAAGGUAUAUUUAUUCAUUUCAUCACAACGGGUAACUGGGUGCCUAGUAACUGAGCCAAUAAAAAAGGCCUACAGGAUUGUCUCCAGUUCAAAGGGUGAAGACAGAACUGUGUCUGCAAAGAGAGAAAGGAAAAGUUCAACAGCUCUUCAAUUUGGCAGUGUUAAUCUUCAGAGGGAAAUCGUAAAAAGAGAUUCUAUUGAAAGAAUUCCAGAAGAAGGAAGCUUUGAUGGCAUGAUAUUACGCGAGGAUGAGGCUGUGCCAGCCAUUUGCGGCAUUAGAGCCAUUUGGGUCACUCCCUGUAAUAGGAGGAAGCACAUAGCCAGUAAUCUACUUGAUGCUGCACGGAAGAGUUUCUGCAAAGGCUUGAUUCUCGACCACAUGGAGGUAGCAUUUUCUCAACCCACCUCUCUAGGAAAGGCUUUGAUUUCUAGUUAUACGAGGACAAGCUCUUUCUUGGUCUACACUACAGCUGAUACAGACUAGAGCCAGUUCAAACCUCAAAGUUACAUAUUCAUAUCAGUCUCUUUGUUCAGAGAUUUACAGUUUCAAGGGUGUAUGUACCUGAAACAUAAUUAGAUAACUAAAAGUUUUUCGCAUUGUUAUCAAUUUAAAUACUUCAGCCGAAGAUCUGAUUAACCAUUUAUUCUCUUGAAAGACUGUCUCUUGAAAGACUGUCUUUGUUACGGUUGGGUUUCAGUUGAGUCGGGUGAUCAAUUGAACAGCCCAUUUGAAUGUGUGUAUUUUGCAUGAAUUUUAAUAAAUCUUGGG